AUGGAAAACCCCCUCCUUCUUCUUCUUCUUAUAUCAAUCCUUCAUUGGAAUUCAUUUGCUAGUUUAACCAAUGAAAAAUCAUAUUUCAAGAUUAAUUCUUCUUCCAUUAAACAAGCUAGAAAAGCUUUCAUGUCUUUUGAUAUAUCCAAGCUUCGAGAUCCUCCAACGCCGUCUAGUUCUGUUAGUGUUUACCAUAUCGACGUCUUUGAAAAAUCAAAAUUCAAAGACUAUGAGUCUCUUCUUACUAAUCGUCUUGCUCAAGAUCAUGCUCGAGCUAUAUACUUGGCAUCAAAGUUCAGAUACCGCGAUACUGAAAUAAAAAAAGAGACCGAUUUUCAAGAGAAGUACGCGCAUAAUUGGAGUAAGAUACAUGAUCAAGUCCUAAAGGCAGCACCUACUAACUACUUUAAAGGUCACUAUGUUGCCCUUUUGUUGCUUGGUAGUGAAAGAACAAGAAAUUACUUGCUAAUAGACAGUGGAAGUUACUUAGUUUGGUGGCAAUGUGCACCUUGUGUUGCAUAUAAGUGCUUCAAACCGCUUUAUAAUACUAUAUACGAUUCUACCACUUCCAAAACUUUCACAGAACUUGAUUGCGUUAAAAACAGUUCAACUUGCAUAAGUGCAGAUCAUGAUUUUCAUUGCGCUUUAGGCAGCAAACGAUGUUUUUAUAUGGAACAAUAUAUAACUGGAGAAACAACAAAAGGUUUUAUGGCAUCUGAGGUGAUCACUUUUCCUUCAGACAAUACACAAGCCAAGAUAAUAUUUGGUUGUAGUAUAGAUCAAAAAGGUGGUCCAAAUUUCAGUGGUACAUUUUCUGGGAUUCUUGGCCUUAGUAAAAGAGUAAGCUUGACAACUACUGGUGGAUAUUCUUUACCAUCUCAAUUAGGUUCAUCAAUAUUUGCAUUAUGUCUACCAACUGCUACUUCAGUACACCCAUCUUUCCUCACCUUUAAUAAAGCUCCGUGGUCAUAUGGGACAGAGGCAAAACUAAUAAAAAAUCGAUUAAGUCCUCAUUGGUACUACGUCAAUCUUUUCAAGAUUGUGAUUAAUAAUAAGGAAGUUCCGGUGGAUCCCUCGUGGUGGAAUGGUCAAAAAGUAACUCAUGGAGUUAUAAUAGAUACAGGCACAUUAAUUACUCGUUUUCCUCAUGAUUAUUAUAUUAUAUUUCGCGACAUUUUCAGAGAAGAAGUAAAAGAUUAUACAAUGAUCGAAGAUGGAUUUAUUAUAUUUGACACUUGCUAUGAAGAUGAUCCAGAUGGUGCUGAAGUAUACUUCCCAGUUAUCAAAUUUUACUUUGGCAAUUAUUCUGAAAGGCAAGAGGUGCUGCUAGUAGACGGACGAGUUGUAGUAAGUAUUGGGGGCUACUAUUGCCUAGCUUUUAUGCCAUGGGAUGAUAAAUCUACACUUAUAGGCACUAAUCAGCUUCAAGGCAUAGGUUUAACUUUUGAUACUAAAAAUAAUGCUUUAACUUUCAGUGUUGAUGCUUGUGAUUGA